GAACACGUCACUGUAAGGGUGGGGUCAUCUAAGAUAGCACAAUUAAAGUCAACUCAGAAAUUGAACGUGACACCCAACUGUAGUACCUCGGAACUCCAGAGGAGGGCACUGUUAUAAAGAAUUUGAAUUGAAGCUGCAGAUGUAAAAAAAAAUAGCAAAAGAAGAAACGAAAGGAAAAAAAGUGGGAGAAUUUCGGAACCGAGCAACACAUUCAGGAAACAAUCAUCAUAUUGGGCAUAAAUCAUUUGUGACGAGAGAUUUUACUCUCCGGUACGGUACGUGGCGGUACCCUCCCACUAAACUUGAAGGGGGGAACCGAAUGGAACUGGGCGGAUCGAGAAACAACACAGCAGCCGCUUCCAGAGAUGCUGCAGCUCCCCCUUGUGGUCACAGUUCAGGUGGACCUGGUUCUGGUUCUGAUCAGCUCGCUGGCCUUCCUGACCCGACUCAGCUGCCUGAGCUACCCCAACGCGGUGGUGUUCGAUGAAGUGUAUUAUGGCCAGUUCGUGUCUCUGUACAUGAAAAGGAUCUUUUUCAUCGAUGACAGCGGUCCCCCCCUCGGACACAUCAUUCUGGCUCUUGGAGCCUACCUGGGAGGAUUCGACGGCAACUUUGUGUGGAACCGAAUCGGAGCAGAGUAUCCCAUGGGCAUGAACGUGUGGAGUUUGCGGCUGCUGCCAGCUCUCUGCGGGGCGCUCUGUGUUCCUCUGGGUUACCUGCUGGCUCUGGAGCUGAAGUUCUCUCAUGUUUCGGCUCUCGGAGCCGCAGUGCUGCUCCUGCUAGAAAACUCCUUGAUCGUCCAGUCCCGGUUCCUGUUGCUGGAGUCGGUCCUCAUCUUCUUUGUGCUGUUGGCUCUCCUGUCAUACCUGCGUUUCCAGAACUCCACCAGCAGCUCCUGGUCCAGAUAUGGCUGGCUGCUCCUCUGUGGCGUCUCCUGUGCUGCCGCUGUCGGGGUGAAGUACAUGGGACUGGUCUCUUAUCUGCUGCUGCUGGGUGUGGCUUCUGUGGACACAUGGAAUGUGAUUGGAGAUCGAGCUGCUAGUCAUCUGAGUGUGUGCGUGCAGUGUUUUUGUAGAUUCAUGUGCCUCCUGGUUGUUCCUGCACUGCUUUACAUCUUCUGGUUCUACAUUCACCUGAGUGUCCUGAAUCACAGUGGACCACAUGACCAGCUGAUGAGCUCCGCCUUUCAGGCCAGUCUGAAGGGUGGUCUCUCUAGAAUCACGAAGGGUCAGCCUUUGGAAGUGGCUUUUGGGAGUCAAGUUACUUUGAGAAGCUCCGCCUCCCAUCCAGUCCCAUGUUGGCUCCACUCACACAAAGCUAACUAUCCAGUCAGGUACGAAAAUGGGAGGGGCAGCUCUCACCAGCAGCAGGUGACCUGUUAUCCUUUUAAGGAUGUCAACAACUGGUGGAUCAUCAAAGACCCCAACAGACAAGACUUGGUGGUUGACACACCUCCUAAACCUGUCCAUCAUGGUGAUGUCAUCCAGCUAGUUCACGGGAUGACGUCUCGCUUCCUCAACAGUCAUGAUGUGGCAGCUCCCAUGAGCCCUCACGCCCAGGAGGUGUCCGGGUACAUCGACUUCAACGUCUCCAUGCCUGCUCAGAACCUGUGGAGGGUGGACAUCACUAACAGAGAGGCAAAGUCCGAAGUGUGGAAGACGAUCGUGUCUGAUGUGCGACUGGUCCAUGUCAACACGUCUGCUGUUCUCAAGCUGAGUGGCGUGUCUCUUCCUGAGUGGGGCUUCCGACAGUUGGAGGUGGUGGCAGAGAAAGCGUUUAAAGUUCACAGCAGCAGUUUGGGAUGGACGGUGGAGGAACACAGAUAUGGAACCAGUCAGGAGCAGAAGGACCGGGAAGUAGAGCUUCACUCUCCCACUCACAUUGAUGUUGACAGAAAAAUUUCUUUCUGGGCAAAGUUUGUGGAGCUGCAGUGGAAGAUGCUGACUCUGAAACAAGAGGAGUCCGAGCACAAAUACAGCUCCAGCCCUGUGGAGUGGAUCACCAUGAAGACGAACAUUGCAUACUGGCUGCACACUUCCACCAAUGCUCAAAUCCAUCUUAUUGGAAACCUGGUGUCCUGGGGCGUGGCCCACCUGAGCAUGCUGGCCUAUCAGCUUCUGGCUGUGAUUUACCUGCUGAGAAGGAGGCGGGGCUUCAAAGACAUUUCUGAUGGUGCGUGGGAGCAGUUUGUGCGUCUUGGCUGUGUGUGUGUCGGCAGCUGGCUGGUGAACUUCGUGCCCUUCCUGCUGAUGGAAAAAACGAUUUUCCUGUAUCACUACCUGCCUGCCCUGUGCUACCUCCACCUGCUGACCCCCACCCUGCUGGAGCAUGUGCACACUCACCUGCUCAGCAGCCCCACACACCGCCGCCUGCUUCAUGUGUGCGUGAUAGGUGUGCUCCUGUACGUCUUCUUGUGCUUCUGGACCUUCUGCCCUCUGACCUACGGCACCCCGGAGCUGUCAGCCAGUCAGCUGCAGAGGUUAAAGUGGAGGGACAGCUGGGACAUCCUGUACCGAAGGCAGUGAGACAUUUCAACGAGGGCCUGCACCUGAUGGAACCGUCAGGAGAAUCUCACACCGAGAUGUGAAGAUGCAGAACUCGGACUGUGGUCUGUUACCUGCAAGUACGUCUGUGCCAAGAAGUUCGUUACGAAGCAAAGCUAGAACCCUGAGCUGCUCCUUGACUGUGAGCUACAACAUUAGACCAGGUUCAAAAAGUCUGGAACUUAUGUUCUGGCUUAGUGAGUCCAUGAGUCACAUGCCAGAUAAUCCAUGCAGGAGUGUUUAUGACAAAGACCUGCAGUCCAGACCUGAUCCUGAGGUGGUCCGUCUUCUAAACAUUGAGGUCCCCAGGGUGGAGUAUGAGUCAGCAUGUGUGCAAACAGGAGCAACAGCAUCGGGUUAGAUUGAAACAAACUCUGUUCGUCUGUUUUGGAGCCCUUUUCCCAGAAAAAGGGGGUUUUAUAACAACCUGCUUCAUACCAGAACCAUAAAAAGUAAAGAUUCAGAAAAAUAUCAUUCAAGAAUUCAAAUACCUGUAAUUUUUUUAUGUAGAGUUAAUGUUGGAGUAAAUUUUGUGAGUUAAAAUUCAGAAUAGUAAAAUAUUCAGAAAAGGAAUAAUGAAACAAGUUAGCAGUGAAACCAGGUCAAACCAAUCCAUCCUAAAUUCAGUCCACAUCCAUCUGUGGCACAAAUAUCUGCAGUUGUCAAGUUUCAGUUCAUUAAAUUUCCAAUAAAGUCUUUGAGAAUUUUAAACCACUCCAUUUUGAAACAAAGACACAUUACCUCAGAGGAGAAAGUGGUGUUAACUGUCUUCUCUGUUAUCAUCAAUGCAUCACAUUAAACCCACUCUGCAAGGUUUCUCGUCUUCUACUGGAUUGAACUGCAGUAGGUGAGGAGAAGCAACAGCCAAGAGAGUAAACGGCUCUUCUGUUACAUGUCUGACGUAGAGCUCUUAACUGUUGCUGCCCCCACUCGUUCCCUCAGAUCCUCUUCCUCCCUUCGACUGGCUGCUCAACGAUCACGUAUCAUUUCCAUGGGGGGGCAGAGCAUUCAGCAGCUCUGGAACUCCCUCCCCUCUGAUCUACAAAAUGUGGACUUUCUCAGCUCUCCAAACAUCUCGAAGCUCACCUUUUCCAUCAACUGUUAACUUAUUUGUGUUUAUUGUUGUUGUGUUUUUAUGGUUUUACUUAUCUUUUGUACUGUGAGGCGACCUUGAGUGUCCAGAAUGGCGCCAUAUAAAUAAAAUGUAUUAUUAUUAUUUAUUAUUAAAGGUAAUUUUUUGUUGAACUUGCAGCACCAGUGAUGCCAUAGGCAAUCUGUAAAAAUAAGGAAUAGAAAACUGAUUCCUGUAAUACUUCAUCGGCUAAACUCAGGGGUGAAAAUAGAUUUUUGUCUAUGACGUUACGAUAAAUUACUUAAACGUAAAUCUUUCUAAUACAGUAAAGGCAGAUUAGAGGUUUAAAUAUUAAUCAAUUAAUUAAUUAAUCCAACCAGAUUGAUCUGUCUGAUGCAAGUUGUUAGUUGAAUCAAAUCCGACUAUACCAUUAUAAAAUAAUGUCAAAAUGAAAUGAACCGAUUAUAACUGAAAUUGGAAAAUACCAUUCGGAUUGAGACACUGUAGGUUUAUUUUACUGUAAAAAUAACCAAGUGCAUCACAGACGAUGACGACACGUGAUGACAAUGGCAGCAAAAAAAAAAAGAUCAGUCCGUCAUCCCAGUCCAAUGUGUGGAAACACUUUGAAUUUAGCAAAGACGUGAUCACACAAUGUGCUGGAAUGUUCUAAGAAUGUUCCCUUUGGAUUAAUGGGAUGUGGAAAUGCAACAGUGGGCUGAAAUUUAGGAAACUAGUGAUCAUCGAUGGAUUGUUGACAUCUGUUUGCGUUACCACACCUCAUAAAAA